AGGAUACUAAUCCAUCCCAUAAGUACUCAGCCUACCCUAGGCUACUAACUAGUGGUAGUUACUGAGCUACUGUACUGCCUCAAAUAUUACACCAUCCCAAUAAACAAGCCUUGACCAUGUCCUCUACAAUCGUAAAAUAUAAAUAUACACUUUACUUAUAUACUCACUCCUUAUUUACACUAAUACUAAUUAGUGCUGGUUACCCUUCGGAAAGCAAUCACUAAGUUUACCGAAGAGUCCGACCUGCACAUGGCCCUCAUCCACUAAGUCGCCUAAGUAACUACUAACUACUAAGUAAAGUAGUAUACGCUAUGCCAAUUACUAACGCCAACUUCAUACUAACACUCCCUAACACCUCCUAAAUGCCCAGCUUACCCAUAGAUACCGCCGGAGCCACGGCAGGGUUUAAUGAGUUAGUGCGAGAUGCCAAUUUAGUAGCUCAACGUAGCGUAAAUUGGUACCGAGAUCAAACCUCACUAAUAAAAGUAUUACUCGGUAUAGUAGGAAUUAUUGGAAUUAGUGCUGGAAUUACAGUAGUAAUAUUUCAUAAAUAUCUUAUAAAUGCAUUAGUAUAUAUAUCUGAUCAAUGGCAUAAUUUCAGUUAUGGAGGUCCAUUACUAUUUUCAUUAAUAUUUAUUGUAGGAUUCCCUCCAUUAAUUGGAUUUUCAACUUUAUCAAUAUUAACGGGAAUGAUAUAUGGAUUUCCUGGAGGUUGGCCAUUAUUAGCUAGUGCAUCUAUUUUAGGAUCAUUAUGUUCAUUUUUAAUUAAUCGAUUAAUCUUUCAUGAUUAUGCCGUUAAAUUAGUUAAUAAACAAGAAACUUUUAGAGCCUUUUCAGAAAUUUUAAGAGAAGAUAAAUCAUUAAUGUUACUUAUAUUAAUUCGAUUAUGUCCAUUACCUUAUUCAUUAAGUAAUUGUGCCUUUGCAGUAGUCCCAGAUUUACCCAUAUUAAGAUUCUUAUUAUCAUCAAUUAUAACUUCUCCUAAAUUAUUAAUUCAUAUAUUUGUUGGUUAUAAAUUAAAGAAUCUUGGUGAUGAUACUAAGACAACUUCAGCAAAAAUAGUUGAUUUUAUAAGUAUAUUACUUACUGGGUUAGCUACUACUAUCACUACAUAUAUAAUCUAUGGUAAAAUGCAACAGAAAUUAACUAGUUAUCAUGAGAAUCAAAAUGGAUAUCCUGAUCGAAUAAUCUUUGGAAAUUUCGAAGAUGAUUUAGAACUUGGAGGCAGUGAGAUUGAGUUGAAUUCGGCUGACUUUGAUGAUGAUAAUUUCAUAAUAGAUGAUGAAGCAGAAGAGAGACCGUUAAUAUCACCACCAGAAGCAAUGGACUUUAUAGACGAUGAUAUCAUCAUUCAACAAGAACUACAAACCUCCACCAAGGCCAGAGACUAUUAGAUUCUAUAUUACAAUUCUAU